UUGAUGUAAAAUACACAGCGCCCAAUUUCAGCAUUUUUGUUAUUCCGUCUUUCCGGAGUCGGUGAUCGUCCUUCCCAAACGCCAGCAUCAUCGUCCCAAGGCGGCCAUGGGAAUCCUCGGAAAUCUCAGCGUUAACCAACUCGACUCGUUCAACUCGGAAGGGUUUCUUGUUCUCGAUUCCUUCGCGAGCCCUGAGGAGAUUCAGGAGAUGAGGUCUCAGAUGGAUGAUCUUCUUCACCAGUUCGAUGGCUCUUCGUCUUCCAUCUUCUCCACUAGAAACCAGCAACAGUCAACAGAUGACUACUUCUUUGAGAGCGCUGAGAAAAUCUCCUUUUUCUUUGAGGAGAAGGCGUUUGGUGAUGAUGGUCUGUUGAAACAGCCGAAGGAGCUCUCCAUCAAUAAAGUUGGCCAUGCUUUGCAUGAAAUUGAUCCCGUGUUCAAGAAGUUCUCACAUUCAGACAAAAUUUCCGGCUUGCUCUUGUCGCUGGGUUAUAAGAGGCCAGUGAUUAUUCAGUCCAUGUAUAUUUUUAAGCAACCAGGCAUUGGUGGGGAAGUUGUUCCGCACCAGGAUAAUUCUUUUCUUCGUACAGAGCCUCCAUCAUGCACAGGACUUUGGCUAGCAUUGGAAGAUGCAACUAUUGUUAACGGUUGCCUUUGGGCAAUUCCAGGCUCCCACAAGAAUGGCCUAGUAAGAAAGUUCAUACGAGAUAAAGAUGGGGUGCACUUUGAUCAUCCUUCGCCAUCAUAUGAUAUUAAAGAAUUUGUGCCACUAGAGGUGAAAGCAGGCUCUUUUGUGGUGAUACAUGGUGAUCUUGUGCAUCAAAGCUUUGAAAACAAUUCACCUAGUUCAAGACAUGCUUUUAGCCUGCAUGCGGUGGACACUGACAGAUGUUCAUGGAUCAAGGACAAUUGGAUUCAAAGAAAGGUUGAUCCAGAACCCCUCUAUGUCUCUUAAUUCGUGUGUCGCAGCAGCAGCUCAGCAUCAGCAUCAGCAUCCGCAUCCACAUGCUAGUUCUGUCCAAACUGAAGAACCAUCUCCGGUGUUUAUUUAAUAACAGAUAUACUGCUUAUGAUCUUCCAUGUAAUCACACGCUCAAUGGAGGAAUUCGAAUAAAUGCCAAAAAAAACCAAAUACACACAAACACAAUUAGAUGUAUCUUUGAUA